CCCCCCUCCCCGGUCAUUCCUGUCAUCCAGGCUUGUGCUUUAACUAGUUCGUUAGCUGCUAUUUACCGUACCCACUCUUUUGGUUUAUUCCCGUCUAGGUUCCUACGGAGCAGAACCUUCCUUUUAGCCGUCUUUUAGAACCUUUUUUUUUUGCGUUUUUUAGUCCCGAAGAUCUCAGAUCUUGUUGUGGGCUGCUUUUCUCAUACGUACUUACCACUUAGACGUUAGUGCUUGCUCCAUCAGCCGUGGCGUCCCAGAUUUUUCCUGUGUGGUGGGUUCUGGCUAGUUUUCCGAGUACAUAACCACUUGGACGCCGCUAUCCUUCCUCCUCUCGGCCAUCUAUCAGUCGCAACACCAACAAACUGAGUUUAUCUAUACUUUCCCAUUCAAGAUUACAUCGCAACUACAAACAAUAUUUGUCUGUCAGAGAAGUCCACGAAGAUUAUCAAUCAAUCACAUCACAUUUCAAUCUCUUCAGUAUAUUGCUUUGCCAUGGCGCCUACACACCGGCGUGGCCCCUGGGUUCAGGAAGAAGACAACACUUUACUCCAACUAGUACACGAGCAAGGACCUAAUAAUUGGGUUCGCAUUUCACAGCAGAUGCACUUCCGUUCUCCUAAACAAUGUAGAGAACGUUUUCAUCAAAAUCUCAAACCAUCUCUGAACCACACCCCAAUCUCGGCUGAAGAAGGACUUAUGAUUGAGCGCAUGGUCAACGAGAUGGGUAAGCGUUGGGCAGAGAUUGCACGACGAUUGGGCAAUCGCAGCGACAAUGCAGUCAAGAACUGGUGGAAUGGCAAUAUGAACCGCAAGCGCAGAGGUCUUGUAGUGCAAGGCACAAGCCAGCAACACUCCUCGCGCGCCUGUAACGGCCGGAUUGAGGCACCAUAUCCACGAGCCAGCGACCACCGACAUCAACACAAUGAAAUUCGACGGCCUUCAACCUCAUCAAUCACGAAGGCCACUCUCAGCAAAAGCCCUGUCACAGUCUCCCAGCUGAUUCUUCAUGAGCGACCAGUCUCACCAAACCAUCAGGACGGCAUCUCACGACAUCUUGUGCCUAUUCUCACAUCCGCUAGCAAUAGCAACAACCGAGUAAUAGAACCAUCAAUGACUUCUCCAGCGUUUUCGGAAGUAUCAACUCUUGAACCACCUUCCAUGGUGUCGGAUCACAAUUCAGUUUCCUCCGCUUCACCGAGAACACUUCCAUCGCCUCAAAUGCUGCCAGUCCCGAAUGAUUCCCGCCUUUCCUGGUUUGCGGAGCAACAUCGAAGAGGAAGUGUGCCUACCUUCUCUUCCUAUCAUCUCACGUCUUCUUCUAGAGAGGAAGCAUAUUUCUCGCGCAAUUCCGAACAUGAAUCUGGUUAUUCUAGACACUGGAGUGUUGACCACAAUUACACCAAAUCUCUCUCUGAGACAGCUCCACCUUCUUCAUCGCGGCGUGACUCUCGCAUGGGUCUCCAGUCUUUGCUCAACUAAAGCGCCACCCACAUUAAUACUUUGUCCCUUUCCUUUGUUCAACUACAUGGUUGUUUUUUUCUGGC